GCCCGGGCUUCAUUUGCUGUCUGUCACCAGGACCGAGAGUGCCGCGGGAAAGCAACGGCCAAGGACGGGGCGCUGCGCUCGGGCUACCCAAUGCUGGGACUAUCUGCAGCCGCUGCUCGUGCAAUAUGCUGGAGCUCCAGAACAGCUAAACGGAGUCGCCACACCGCUGCCUGGGCUGGAUCGCAGCGCUGCCUUUCCUUAUGAAGAAGACACAAACUUGGAUUAUCACUUGCAUUUAUCUUCAACUGCUCCUGUUCAAUCCUCUUGUCAAAACUGAGAUCUGCAGGAAUCCUGUGACUGAUAAUGUAAAAGACAUUACAAAAUUGGUGGCAAAUCUUCCAAAUGACUAUAUGAUAACCCUCAACUAUGUCGCCGGGAUGGAUGUUUUGCCUAGUCACUGUUGGCUACGAGAUAUGGUAAUACAAUUAUCAGUCAGCUUGACUACUCUUCUGGACAAGUUUUCAAAUAUUUCUGAAGGCUUGAGUAAUUACUCCAUCAUAGACAAACUUGGGAAAAUAGUGGAUGAUCUCGUGGAAUGUAUGGAAGAAAACGCACCUAAGAAUGUAAAAGAAUCUCCAAAGAGGCCAGAAGCUAGACACUUUACUCCUGAAGAAUUCUUUAGUAUUUUCAAUAGAUCCAUUGAUGCCUUCAAGGACUUCAUGGUGGCAUCCGACACUAGUGAUUGUGUGCUCUCUUCAACAUUAGGUCCUGAGAAAGAUUCCAGAGUCAGUGUCACAAAACCAUUUAUGUUACCCCCUGUUGCAGCCAGCUCCCUUAGGAAUGACAGCAGUAGCAGUAAUAGGAAAGCCGCAAAGUCCCCUGAAGACUCAGGCCUACAAUGGACAGCCAUGGCAUUACCAGCUCUCAUUUCGCUUGUAAUUGGCUUUGCUUUUGGAGCCUUAUACUGGAAGAAGAAACAGUCAAGUCUUACAAGGGCAGUUGAAAAUAUACAGAUUAAUGAAGAGGAUAAUGAGAUAAGUAUGUUGCAACAGAAAGAGAGAGAGUUUCAAGAGGUGUAAUUGUGGAUGUAUCAACAUUGUUACCUUCGCACAGUGGCUGGUAACAGUUCAUGUUUGCUUCAUAAAUGAAGCAGCUUUAAACAAAUUUCUAUUCUGUCUCAAGUGACAGACCUCAUCUUUUAUCUGUUCUUGCUACCGUGACCUUGUAUGGAUGAUUCAGAAGUUGGAGCGGAGUGUUUAGCUGUGAAACCUGCACUGAAUUAUCAUCUGUAAAAAAGAAUUCGCACGGAGCAGGACUCUGAAGGUUUCGCAAGUAAUGACGGGGACGAGAUCCUGUGUUCAGUCUACUUGUGCCAUCUGCACGGCUUGGGAAAUGUCUGAGUGCUGAAAACCCACCCAGCUUUGUUCUUCAGUUACAACCUGCAGCCUGUAGUUAAUUAUGGUCUCUGCAAGUAGAUUUCAGCUUGGAUAGUGGGGGGAAUUUUUUUUCACAAAGGGAUGUAGAAAACAAACAAACAAACAAACAAUAACUCCGUAGCAUCAGCCACUGUAUGGAGUUGAAAGCCAUGGGGAGUUUUGUUUUUUUUUCUUUUGAGCAGGCUCAGACGCUCUGUAGUUACUGAUUAACAAGAGCAGCUUAAACGUCAGGUCUUCCUGACGGAAAUCCUGUGCACCGUAUCCUACUAGAGAAAUGGACAUGGGUAGCUAGUUCUAUCUGUGCGGUGGAGCCCAUGCUGAACUUCAGUAUGAUGCCACGGUAUAUGGAAGAGUCUCCAGAAGAGUCCUUACAGGAGAAAAUUGUCAACAUGGACCAGCGGAAGAACACGCCAAGGAAGACAUUUGGCCCCUAGUGAAGCCGGUCUUUUCUCUUGACAGUCUCUCUAGAGUGUGUAAAUCAUGUUUGCAAAAUUAUAAUGUGAUGUGUUUAUGUUUUAAAACUACUGCAGAGGUAUGAAAACAGAUUUGAGAGAAAAUGCUGAAUGUUUAAGGGUCCUAUUUUUUUUUUUAAUCCUGAUGGGAGAGAGUAAGAAUGGAUGAUGGUAUUUAGUACCUAAGAUCAGAAAUGGACACUUUAUUCUAAUAUGGGAGUUUGCAAACUAAGUCACUUGUAUUCCACAAGAAUACAAGGAGUCAGAAGACAUUAGCUAUUUGCAGUAUAACCAUUAUCUCUUUAAACAUAGCCAUUUAUUUAAAAUCAGGCACUCUGUAUUCAUUAAGGUUUAUGAAAUGAAAUUAAAAAAGAGAGAGCUUUAUGUAGUUGUGCAUGUCAGUUUGCUAUUUAAAAUGUGUGACAGCAUUUCUCAUAUUAGACAGAAAUUGGCAGCGAUUCCACGAUGAACAUUGUGCUCUCAAACCAGCAUUUACAAGAUGUCCUGUAGAUGCCCCUGAUGGAAAUAUAUUGAAAGCAAUUGGCUAAAAUCGAAAUAUGACUUUUCUUCUGCCUUUAUUUUGGUGAAGGUUCUUUUCACCUACCAUAGACAUACAAAAUUUAAACCUUUUCAUACUAACUCAAUUCUUGUAGUAAUUUUAUUUUGCCCCGUACUAAAACCUCAAGACAAUUAGUUUCAAGGUAAUUAUGCAAAAGCGCAUGGAAACCGAACUGCUAGCUUCUAUUCUGUCUUGAAGCUGCAUGAAAAGUUCUAGCUUACCUUCAAAGCUCGUCCAACUACAACUCCAGUCCAUGGUGGCUGCUCUUCUUUGUACCAAAGAGUUCAGUGGUCUCUAUAGCUCUUUCUCUAACGCUCCGAGUUUCCUCCAAUGCUAUCAUUCCUGCAACAUGAAGCCCAGUGCACUGAGAUACUGUAUUUACUCGUUCAAGCCCUCAGAUAUUCCAGGAUACAACUGAUUAGUGAUCAAUAAUUAGAAAUCAGCUUAGUUACUGAAAGAACCUAUAUUGUUGCUUGGCAUUGACUGCUUCGAGAAUAGUAAUAGCUGUAGGUUAACACGAGUCAUAGGUAUAGGUGUAUAUAGACUGAGCCUAUUGUUAAUUCUCAGUUUUGUGGCUUGAUUUAUUUAUCUUCUAGUUUCAUUUUGCUCAGGCUUAUGAAAAUGCUAUUCGCUGAGCUUGAGAGUACAAGAAAUAUACAUUUGUCCUCAAAGCUAGCAGUUGGGAUUUUAAUGCUCAAAAGCACGGUCUUAAAAUCAGUAGAGCUAAAUCAACAAAUUUAACAGAUUAUAAUACCUGACAUGGUAGAAAGUGGAAGAUGUGUCCUGCUUGUCAAUCACGUUGGUUCGUUGAGAGUAACAUAGAUUGCCAAUUUUUAUAAAAUACUAAGGUUCAAUAAAAUGCAUGGGCAAUAGGAAAAUGCUGAACAUUAUUUUGAAUGCUAGCUGCUUGGACAUUAACUGUGGCAUAUCUGCUUUCAGAUUAAAAAUACAUAUCCUUUGCAUAGCCUAUUCCAUGUAUGUUCUGAAUAUUUUUUUUAAAUUAUGAGAACCUCAAACCGAGAAGAUAAAGUAUAAAAUUGCCCUUUACAUUGCCCAUUUUUUCUGAGUGUUCUCUUUUGUAAUGUGUAAGAUUUGAUUUUCAAUGAAAAUUAUCUGAGAAAUCUGCAGAGUGUAAAUUGUAUUGAAAGCUUUGUACCUCCUUGGUAGAAACCAAGCCUAUAUCAAGACUAUCUGGGUAAUCGGUGGGUCGUGUUAGAACAGUUCUGGAUUUCAUAUUGUUAUCUAACAUGCUUACCACACUGCCAUGUUUUAAUGAAUUGGAGAAUUGAAGCUUUCUAUACAAUAAUAAUAAUAAUAAAAAAAUCUAAAUUGCAUUACAAAAAGUAAUGCAUAUGAGAAAAAAUGGAAAUACAUGAAAGUAUGUACCCACAAUGAAGUAUAUGCUUUUAGUAAAAAAUUAAACACACUUCAGUGAACUUUCAUGUGCUUUGAAAAAAAAUCAGUGUCACAUAGCUUGGAACCUUAAUUCAGUCGAAGUUAUAAAUGAAUGGAAAAAAUCUGUUGUGGAAUAUUUGAUUGUUUCCACUGUGUUUCUAACAGUAGGUUUUGAUUUCGUGAUUUAAUUCUGAUAUGGAAUCUUAGCUAUCCUGUACACGUUGUUGAAGAAAUAUGUUUCUCAAAUUAGGCAGUUAGGUGUAGUUGGGUGAGCAUUGAGAAAGAUAGCCAGGAGGUUGUUCUGCUUUGCCACAAAUGGAUAUAAUGUCCCCACUCUCUUUGGAUCUCAGUGUUGUGUUUGUGUGUAGAUAGGUCAGAGGUCACUCUUCAGGAGUGAGCCCUUAUGCCAUACAAUUAAAAAAGCAAAGAAAACAGCGAAAAGAAUCCUAAGCGAAAUACCCAGCUCUGGCUUCUGAACAAUAGGUUAGCCAAUGAGAAGUCUUUGCUGUUUUAAUUUCUAAUGUAAAUAGGGUCCAUUAGUAAAAGUGAAUUCAGUCUUAAGUAGAGUGAAUCGGAAUAACCAUUUACACAAGAGAUGGCUUUUACUUUUACUUAAUGAAUGUUUGGGAUCACCUCUGAGGAAUGAAACCCAGGAGAGCAUUUUCACCAGGAAGAGGUACAAGACGCCGAUAACAUUUGGAAGUGUGUCAGAGGGUAAAUGUAAAUGUUCUCCUUUUCUUGAUAGCCAAGAACAGAAAGAAAUGUAGGGUGCUACUAAGGAUCUUGGAUGCCAAGAAAUAUUUUAAAGCCAAUUUGUAAAAAUGAUAAACCAUAAAUUGUAUUUAAAAUUGGAGAAGUAGGACAAGGAUUUUAAAGUAAGCCAGUUUAUCUUUGGAAUGAUAUUGUGAAAUUGGCUUUAAAUGUAACCAUUCCGAUCAAAAUUUAUUUAUGGAGUCUGAUUACACAACCCUUGUUACUGCCGCUCCACACAGUCUUAAAAGGCCUUUGUCAGGAUAAAAUGACGGUAUCUCUUUUAUAACUGAUGGGGGUUUAGGAGUGAUUCAUAGUAAGGUGAAUAUUUAUGAUCCUGGAAUGUUUGUAAGCAUUGUAAAUGCACAACUGCCAUCUCCAAAUAUUUUCUUAUAAGACUGUUUUUAGAAGAAGAAAAUUGUCUAAAACACACAAAAACUGUGGUAUUUUCAUUUACUCAAUUUCUAGGCUAAAAGAGUUCACUAAAUAAAAUUUUCCAAUCGGAAUUCCUAUAGUCUUACCCUCCAGUAGUCUAGGCAUUAAUAUGUGAUUAUUGUGUCUCUCUACCACUGUUUUUUUUAAGUCAAUGAACUUGAAAAGCAUCCCGACAUUUAUAUGGCUUCACAGAUAUAUUGCUAGUUCAGUCAUAGAUUGGAGUUUGCAUAUUGUAAUGUAAGUGUAUGUCAACACUAUUCUAAAUAGUUUAUGACUGAAGUUUAAUUAAAUAAAAGGUUGUAAAAUGUGAUGUGUAUGUGUAUAUACUGUAUGUGUACUUUUUAAAAUAGGUAUAUGUCCUGACCCUUUUGAUACAGGUUUGAAUUUGAAAUUACAUUAUAUAAACAUAUACUUUAUUGUUCUAAAUAAAGAAUUUUAUGCACCAUCAUAAA